AGGAAUAAUGCUUUCAGCAUGUCUGCACACUCCAUGCUCUGUGAACGGAUAGCUAUAGCCAAGGAACUAAUCAAGAGGGCAGAAUCCCUUUCUAGAUCAAGAAAAUGUGGCAUAGAAGGUGGUGCAAAGCUGUGCAGCAAAUUGAAAGCAGAAUUAAAAUUCUUACAAAAAGUAGAAGCUGGGAAAGUAGCUAUUAAAGAAUCCCAUUUACAGAGCACGAAUCUAACACACUUACGAGCCAUUGUGGAAACAGCAGAAAACUUGGAAGAAGUUGUUAGUGUUCUUCAUGUGUUUGGUUACAUGGACACCUUGGGAGAAAAGCAGACCCUUGUGGUGGAUGUCGUUGCAAAUGGUGGUCAUACUUGGGUGAAAGCCAUUGGCCGAAAAGCUGAAGCACUGCAUAACAUUUGGCUGGGCAGAGGCCAGUAUGGUGACAAAAGCAUUAUUGAACAGGCAGAAGACUUCCUCCAGGCCAGUCACCAGCAGCCAGUGCAGUAUAGCAACCCUCACAUUGUUUUUGCUUUUUACAACAGUAUCUCAAGCCCCAUGGCAGAGAAACUGACAGAAAUGGGCAUAUCUGUGCGAGGAGACAUCGUGGCGGUUAAUUCUCUGUUAGGUCACCCUGAAGAGCUCCAGCUGAGUGACAGUGAAUCAGAUGCCGAGGGCCCCGAACUUUUGCAGGUGACCAGAGUGGACCGAGCAAACAUACUUGCAAGUGUUGCAUUUCCAACAGAGAUUAAGGUUGAUGUGUGCAAAAGAGUAAAUCUGGACAUUACUACUUUAAUUACUUAUGUAUCUGCAUUAAGCUAUGGAGGUUGUCACUUUAUCUUCAAAGAAAAAGUACUCACAGAACAAGCAGAACAGGAGAGGAAAGAACAAGUUCUACCUCAGCUAGAGACAUUUAUGAAGGACAAAGAGUUAUUUGCUUGUGAAUCUGCUGUCAAGGAUUUUCAGUCUAUUCUAGAUACCCUAGGAGGACCUGGGGAGAGAGAGAGGGCUGCUAUGCUAAUUAAGCGAAUCUGUGUGGUUCCGGACCAACCUUCUGAGCGUUCCUUGAAACUAGUGACUAGUUCAAAAAUCAAUAACCGUUCACUCACCAUUUUUGGAACAGGAGACACCCUAAAAGCCAUCACAACGACUGCAAAUAGUGGUUUUGUGAGAGCUGCUAACAACCAAGGUGUUAGGUUUAGUGUCUUUAUCCAUCAGCCCAGAGCACUUACUGAGAGCAAAGAGGUCCUAGCUACCCCUUUACCAGAAGACUCUACGGCCUACAGUGAGUGCCAGUGAUAUCCUUUAAACAUUUCCAUGGAAAUAAAUUAUCUGCACACAAAAGGCUGAAUCUUUCCAUCUAAAUUGAGAGGGAUGAGAAAAAAAGUCUUUAAUAAAAAUAAUGACUUAGAACUUUUAAAA